AUGCCCUUCAGAACUAGCAUUUACAAACAACAGAUCUGACUUGUUUAGUCGGUAAAAAAAAAAAAACAAAAUGGCAGGGCGCGUAGCCCUCUGUUCCGCCGUGAUGGCGCUAUAUGUCAUCGGAGUGGUGAUCGGAAAGACAUGUACUGAAGGUAUGGAUGAAGAAACUGUAGAACUAGCGAAGAUGUUAAGAGAGAACUGCGGAGAAGAAAGCGGGGUAGACUUGGGGUUAAUCGAGAAAGUAAAUUCUGGAGCCGACUUGAUGCCCGAUCAAAAGUUGAAAUGCUACAUGAAAUGUGUGAUGGAGACCGCAGGUAUGUUGGACAACGGCCACGUCGAUAUAGAAGCGAUACUCGAGCUACUGCCGGAGGCCACCAGGAAGAAGCACGAGCAUAUUGUGCGAUCCUGCGGCUCUAACAGAGGUGCCGACGAUUGUGAGACAGCCUUCAAUACACAGUUAUGCUGGCAGAAAAUGAACAAGGCGGAGUACUGCUUAAUCUAGGUGUGUAAUUAAGUGAAUUCACAUUUGCCGCAACGUGUUUAAUAAUUUAAUUAUUAAUUUAUUGAACUACAUACAAAAUAAUGUUCCAAAUAUUAGAUCCAAGUCUGAAAUCCAAAAUAUAAACCCAGUUACAGCACCUACUUAAUCACUUAUAUUUUUACACACAAAUCAGUCAAAUCUUGACAUGAAUGUUUAAAUAAAUGUGGUUUGUGAAUUAAAA